UCCCGGCCCUCCGUCCAGGAAGUGGCGGCGGGUCUCCCAGCGGGACUCAGGCUCGGGACCGGCGCGAUGCCUCUCUUCACCGCCAACCCGUUCGAGCAAGACGUGGAAAAGGUCACGAAUGAAUACAAUACCACAGAAGAUUGGAGUCUUAUUAUGGACAUAUGUGACAAGGUUGGAAGCACUCCGAAUGGAGCAAAAGAUUGCCUCAAAGCCAUAAUGAAAAGGGUAAAUCAUAAGGUUCCUCAUGUUGCUCUGCAGGCAUUAACUCUUCUUGGGGCUUGUGUGGCAAACUGUGGAAAGAUAUUUCAUUUAGAAGUAUGUUCCCGUGAUUUUGCAACAGAAGUACGUGCUGUGAUAAAAAAUAAGGCUCAUCCAAAAGUAUGUGAAAAGCUGAAAUCUUUAAUGGUGGAAUGGUCAGAAGAAUUUCAGAAGGAUCCCCAAUUUAGUCUAAUAUCUGCAACUAUUAAAUCUAUGAAAGAAGAAGGAGUUACUUUUCCUUCAGCAGGCUUUCAGACUGUCUCAGCUGCUGCCAGGAAUGGUACAUCAUUGAACAAAAACAAAGAAGAUGAAGACAUAGCUAAAGCUAUUGAAUUAUCAUUGCAAGAGCAGAAACAGCAACACAUAGAGACAAAAUCUUUAUAUCCAUCUGCAGAAAUUCAGUUAAAUAAUAAGGCUGUACGGAAAGUGAGAGCCCUGUAUGACUUUGAAGCUGCUGAGGACAAUGAACUCACCUUUAAACAGGGUGAAAUUGUUAUAGUUCUGGAUGACAGUGAUGCCAACUGGUGGAAAGGGGAAAAUCACAGAGGAAUAGGACUCUUCCCUUCAAAUUUUGUAACAACUAAUUUAAACAUAGAGUCUGAGGCAGCAACUGUGGACAAUGUAACUGAUGAUGAAGUAGAAGAAACUAAGAAAUCAGAGCCUGAGCCUGUUUAUAUAGAUGAGAGUAAAAUGGACAGAGCCCUGCAGGUACUCCAGAGUAUAGAUCCAACAGACUCAGAACUAGACUCCCAAGACCUCUUGGACUUAGAAGAUAUCUGCCAACAGAUGAGUCCAAUGAUAGAUGAAAAACUUGAAGAGAUUGAUAGGAGGCAUUCAGAAUUGUCUGAGUUGAAUGUAAAAGUCUUGGAAGCUCUGGAACUAUAUAACAAAUUGGUGAAUGAAGCACCAGUAUAUUCAGUCUAUUCAAAGCUCCAUCCUCCAACACAUUACCCAUCUACAUCAGCUGGGGUUCCAAUGCAGACAUAUCCAGUUCAGUCACAUGGUGGAAACUACCUGGGACAAAGCAUUCACCAAGUGUCUGUUGCCCAGAGCUAUAACCUAGGACAGGAUCCUGUGGGCUCGUUGAGAACUCUACCUCCAAAUGUGAGUUCCUCAGUCACAGUACACACUGUCCAAACUCCAUAUUUAAGCACUGGACAAGACACCCUUUCCAAUGCUUCUUACACGAACCAGAACUCUAAUCUUCCAUCAGCUACCGGUACAGCUGCUUACACACAGCCCAUGGGGAUGUCAGCAGAUAUGGUGUCUUACCAGAAUACCACGUCCAGUUUGCCCCAGCUGACUGGCUUUCCAGUGGCAGUUCCAGCCCCUUCAGUUGUACAGCCGCAAACAAAUUAUCAUCAGCAGCCUCUCCUUUAGAGACAAACCAAGAGUUUGCUUGAAGUCUUCAUAAGUGUAUCACUCAACCCAUGUGAUUGUAACCUGAAAACUUUGAAACUUCUUCCUCUGAAUUGAAAAGAACCAUGAAUAAAUAAAGCACAAAGACCCACCUGCUCUGAAGGCCGUAAAAGCUUUUAUGUCCAGUUAGUUUUGUUCUGCUUUCAAAUCUUUACAUAAAUCUGGGUGCUCAGUGAAUAGCUCUGUGACACUACAUGGUAUGAGACAGCAGUGUAGAAUUUUUUUCUUUAGAGAGUCCAUUGUUUUCCCCUAAGAUACGAGUUUUAGGAGCACUGAAGGCCUUUAAACAUUUUUAAAAAAUUUCCCACACACUAUUAUUUUAAAAGGCAAACAUCUUUUUGGGUAAGCAUUUAGCUUGCCAGCAUAUUUCCUUUUGGCUCCUUAAAUUACAGUUGUGUUUGCAGUCAGCUUUGCUCUCUGUGUUAUGUUGAGUAAUAAUUAGCAUAUAAUUGUCUGCAGAAGCAAGAGCAAUUUGGAAGGAACAAAAAUGUUUUCUGUUAUUAACAGUGAAAACCAUGUAAAUGCAGAUGUGUGACAAAGCAGUUAGCCAGUCCUCUCAACAGCAGCACCGACUGUGGGCUAUAGAAUGCUCCACAGAAUGUUUGCCUUCCCUAAGGAAAGACAUUUCCUCUUGUACAAGUGUCCCUGGUAUUUAGAAUUUCCACUGUUGACCUUUGCAAAUGACUUUGGCUGUUGUGUGAUGAAGGCACAGUCCAUUGGCUUUCCCUCUUACAGUGUGUGCAGGGCCCUGCAUUUCCUUCUUGGGGAUUAUCGGUGCAUGGAGCCAGGAGACAUUCUUCAGAAUCUAAGGUGAUAGAAACCCUAAUGGGGGAGAAGAGUGUUGUGGGCAUGUUACUUUCUUAAAGAAGUGGUUGAACCAUUGGUAAGCUGUCAUCGGUGCCAAGCUGCUGAAAAAUUGUGAGUUCCUUCAGAGGUAAUUCUGAGCCUCUGUCAUAACAGUUAGCCAGUGAUCUGAAAGAAGAGAGUGCACUUACAGGAAAGUGGUCAGGUGCCUUCUGAAGCUCAUGUUUUAAAUUAGUUUGUAGUACGAAAUCCCAUAUACUAUGGGAGUUUGUAGUAAAUCAGUAGGGCUUUUCUCUUAAAAUUUUGCACACUACUUUAUUAUCUACCAACUUCUUACAUAAUUCAGAAAUAGAAAGUACAGAUGCAUAUGCUUACAGAUACUUGAUAUUUAGACUAAGAAAAUUAUCUAAGCUUAAUUUUUAAAAGUUAAAAUUUUUGCAUGAGUCCAAGAUUUCUAUAUAUUUCUUUUUAAAACACAUAAUCUUUCUACUAAAAGUCUAUUUAAAGGCAAUUUGGAAAUGUUGUCAUUUAUCUUUUUACAGAUGUUCUUUUUUCCAAGAAAUGCUAUUCUAGAGUGCACUACUGUCUGCAGUGGUGAGCACAUGAAGAACAAGCAGUGUUUGCAGAUACAAGAGACUGAAAAGAGCGGUGCAGCCUUCUCUGCCUCAUUCUGGUUUUGUCCAGUGUUUUCCCUUCAGGUGAAUUCACUUAGAUGCUUACAAAAAAAAAAAAAACUUCAACAUGCACCUUGCAUUUGGAAACUACUUUUCUGUUUUAAAAAAUUAAGUAAAAAAAAAAAAAAUUCGAAAGCUGCUCUUGAUAAUAAUGUUUGUAUAUGUAGAAAAUCUUUUCCUUCCAAACUGUAUUUAAUAAAUUUAUUUUAAUGUUUCUGUAUUUCAUGUUUUAUUCUCAUUUAAAGUAUAAAAGCUUAAUUCAGUUGAAGUCUUUGUGUCAGUAUAAAUACUACAUACCUACUAAAUAGAGACCAGCUGAUAAAGUUCAGUUAAUGGAAUUGUGGAAUAAUAAAACAUGUGACGUGUAUAAAUAGUGUACAUUGGUAUCUCUGAAGGUUUAUACAUGCAGAAGUUUCUUCCUCUUAAAAAUAAUUUUCUGCAGGCCUGGUGGUGCACGUCUUUAAUCCCAGCAUUCAGGAGGCAGAGGCAGGUGGCUCUCUGUGAGUUCAAGGCCAGGCUGAUCUACAUAGUAAGCUGCAGGCAAGCUGGGGCUACAGGGAGACUCUAAAGAAAUCUGUGUUGCAAGGUAUAGAUAGCAUUAAAUAUAAAAUGGUGUCUGUAUUGAUCUGGUUUUAGUAUUAAUAAGAAAUGUAAGGAUAUAUUUUUUUAUUCUCGUGAUCUUAGGGACUAUAUUUAUUUUAAGAUGUUUUAUAAGUUAUUUAUUUUCUGCCAAAGGAAUAGUCUACCUUCAGAUUUCUACAUUGGGUUCAUACUUUUCUAACAAAAAUUUAAAAAUCAACCUGAUUUUUCAUAUGAAGUCUUUAUAUGAAAAAAAAUCCCUUAAAUAGAAUUAAUUUUAUUGAUGUAGAACAAUACUCUUGGACGUUAGAGUGGGACAUGUUUAUAUAGUUUGAAAAAUGUGUAGCCAACCAACAUUGUCUUUUUAUUUGGUAUUUUAUUUACAAAAUUACCUACACAUUAAUUCUCUUCAUCCCUUGGGAUUUGAAGAUGUGUUUGUCCAUUAUGCUAUUUCAGGUAGUUGGUAUUUGACUAACAAUUUCACUGUACACUGAAGAUGAUAAUAAAGUUUUAUCCAUAUUUUGAAAAAUUAUUGUAAAUGCUGUAAAACUGUGUCUGAUUUAGGGGUGUGAUUCAGUGACAGAGAAUGUGCACUUUGCAUUUGGAAGUCUCUGGGUUUGACCCCUAACAUUGCAAACGGGGAAAAUAAAGUGGCCUUAGGGACCUUUUUAAAAGCUCUUGUUGGUGAAAAAAUAAAUUUUAAUGUUCCUGA